AGGGUCAUCCAGUGCGGGGAGCGGUACGUCACGGGCAGCGGCUGCGGCUGGGCAGGGUGUAGCGGGGCCGUAGUAGUGCCGUAGCGGGGCCGUAGCGGUGCGGGCCGUGAUGCUGCCGGCGCUGCCGGACGGCGAUGAGCGGGAGCUGGAGAGCAGCGAGGAGGGCGGCGGCGGAGCGGGAGACGAGCGGCGGGCGGAGCGGCACGGCAGCACGUACCACAGCCUGUACGGAUACCGGAGCUGCAGGUCCUCACGGCGCGAUGGCGGCGCGAUGGGGAGCCCGCCCGGCUCAGACUUCAGCCUCUCUUUGCUGGACACAAACUUACCAGCUGAAGCAGAGACUGAGCUGCGGAGUUUUAUUGCUAAACGUCUGGCCAAAGGAGCCGUAUUUGAAGAGAUGGGGAAUGUAGCGACUGUAGAAUUGAGCAUUCCAGAAUGUAAGGUUGGUUGUUAUUACUGUCUGUUCCAACAAGAAAGUCUUCUUGAAACAGCAACGCUGGAAUCAGAAAACAAUGCUCCAGAAUACGUAGUUUGUUUCCUCGGUGGCUCAGAGAAAGGUCUGGAACUUUUCAGACUUGAACUGGACAAAUACGUUCAAAGUCUGAAGCUAAGCCUUGACUUGGAGCAGAAAACAUUGGAGACUUGUGUUAACCCCUACUUAAGAAGCUGGUUUGAGAAUUCCAUAUGCCCGAUUCAGAGAGUAGUACAGCUCUUCCAGGAGAAACUGGCCUUCUUGUUACACGCUGCCUUGAGUUAUACUCCUGUGGAAGUGAAAAAUGCAGAUGAAAGAACAGAAAAAGACAUUAGCAGGUUUCUGGCAGCUGCCAGCCUGCAAGGCCUUGUUCAGGAAGGCACAAUGACCUCCUUGUGCAUCGCCAUGACUGAGGAACAGCACAAGUCGAUGGUUGUAGACUGUAUUGGAGCCCAGCCUCAGCUGCACAACACAGGAAGCAACAGGUUUUGUGAGGACUGGAUGCACGCUUUUGUAAACGGUGCUGAAGGUGGAAAUCCAUUUCUCUUCCAGCAAAUUCUGGAAAACUUUAAAUUGAAGGCAAUACAGGACAUUAACAACCUGAAGAGGUUCAUUCGACAGGCUGAAAUGAACCACUACGCUUUGUUCAAGUGUUACACGUUUUUAAAGAACUGCGGCAGUGGAGACAUCCUUUUGAAGAUCGUUAAAGUAGAGCAUGCAGAAAUGCCAGAAGCCAGAAAUGUAGUGACUGUCCUUGAGGAAUUCAUGAGAGAAACAGCAGUGGCUUAAAAUUAUCUUAAUUAUUCUACAGUUGUUGGAGGGUAUUGUAUAAAUCAUUCAUUUCUUCUGUGCAGCUUAGUUUCACUAUUGCUGGAAUUUUACUUAUAAAAGCACUACUGAAGUCAAACCUAAGUUGCAUUUUCAGCUCCUUCUCUCCCUUUAGAGGGAAAGCAGCAUGAGCUUUUUUUAAUGUGUAAAUAGCAGAUCUUAAAAAUCACUGUUUUCAACGCUUAACAUUCCCCCACUGAUUUGUUCAUCUUGUGAGAAAAUCACUGCAUUUGUGGGGUUUGUUUUUUUUACAGUGUUGACAUGAAAAAUAGAAGUGUUUUAAAUAUUUUAAAUAUAUUUAAAGUUACCUUGUCUAAUAAUUAAGAUCCACUUACUUGUUUUAGUUGAAAAAGAAGCACAAAUGUUUAGAUAAGUCAUAGUAAAUGAGUUCAUCUUUGUUCAUGUGAGAGAAUAUGAAAGGUCUCUACAUUCUACUUUCACAUCAGCAGUUCAUUCUGUUGUUGAAGAAACAACUUGUUUAUUGGCGGGAGAUGGAAAGUCUGAGCAGGGUUUUAGGACUCGGUUUGUAAGUGCUUCUGUCAGUUCAUAUAUAUGCUGGUCAGACAUGUUAAAUUCCUCAAUUAAACUGUGAAUCCAAUUCAUUAGUUUAUAUUUUCGUGACCGAGAUCUUCUUUGUACAUUCCUGGAAUCCCUUUUGUAUAAUUGAAAAUAAUUGUAUGUAGUGAAGAAUUAAUCGUGAAGACUUUCCUGAUUCAGUAUUAACUUCAUUAAAGCUUCUUUGUAAAUUGAAAUAAACAAACUGUCCAAAUUAA